CCCAGAAAAAUACGUAAAAGAUAUGAAGCAUGCUUCAUGUGAACUGUGACUUGGACAUGGGCUUAGGGUGUUGUUUCCUAGGCACUCAAACCGGAGUUUAUCAUAGAAUAAUCACAGAGCGUUGUAAAUGUUGGUGGAUUUCCGCUGGUGACCCCUCUAAAUUCAAACUAACACUAUCCUAACAUGGAGGGGCGCAAGUCGCCCCUUCUCCUCUAUCAGCGAACCACGCCUCGCGCUGCCUUCUAACGCCGGCCAUAUUGACUAUUUUAGCUAAUCUCUUUGCGGUAGGUUGUAGAGCUUCUGUAAUCAUCACCGUUAUAACAGCGUGCCAUUGGAUGUAAGGCGAUCGCGACUUGGAAAUAACAGUUCGCAUUUAUCUGGACUGUGACUACAUCUUGGGGUGUCUCCUGCCUUUAAGCCGCCUCAUUGUCGCCACCUCCGCAGAAAGAAAAACAGCGUUUGCUGGGGCCUACAAUCCUGUUAUAGAGGACAAGAUUUUCUUCUUUUCUUGAUUACGUGGGAAGGGAGGAGAGGAGACAAGAUGCCGAAACCAAUUAAUGUGCGUGUGACUACUAUGGAUGCGGAACUGGAAUUUGCCAUCCAACCCAACACCACUGGCAAACAGCUCUUUGAUCAGGUGGUGAAGACGGUAGGUCUGCGAGAGGUCUGGUUUUUCGGUCUGCAGUAUGUGGACAGUAAAGGCUACACAACGUGGCUGAAGCUGAAUAAAAAGGUGACUCAACAGGAUGUUAGAAAAGAAAACCCUCUACAGUUCAAGUUCCGGGCAAAGUUUUUUCCAGAAGAUGUUUCUGAAGAGCUGAUCCAAGAGAUAACACAACGUCUCUUCUUCUUACAGGUGAAGGAAGCCAUUUUGAAUGAUGAGAUUUACUGCCCUCCGGAGACAGCAGUCCUACUGGCAUCUUACUCUGUUCAGGCCAAGUACGCCGACUACAGCAGAGACAUCCACAAGCCCGGUUACCUCACCAAUGACAGGCUGCUACCACAGAGAGUUUUGGAGCAACAUAAACUGACUAAAGAACAGUGGGAGGACAGAAUACAGACAUGGCACGAGGAACACAGGGGUAUGCUGAGAGAGGAUUCUAUGAUGGAGUAUCUGAAGAUCGCUCAGGAUCUGGAGAUGUAUGGUGUGAAUUACUUUGAGAUCAAAAAUAAGAAGGGAACAGAGCUCUGGCUGGGAGUGGAUGCUCUUGGUCUCAACAUUUAUGAACAUGAAGACAAGCUCACUCCAAAGAUUGGGUUCCCAUGGAGUGAGAUCCGAAACAUUUCUUUCAACGAUAAGAAGUUUGUCAUCAAGCCUAUUGAUAAAAAAGCACCCGACUUUGUUUUCUAUGCACCACGACUGCGAAUCAACAAGCGCAUCCUGGCUUUGUGUAUGGGCAACCAUGAGCUGUACAUGAGGAGGAGGAAACCUGACACCAUUGAGGUGCAGCAGAUGAAGGCUCAGGCCAGAGAAGAAAAACACCAGAAACAGAUAGAGAGAGCUCAGCUUGAGAACGAGAAGAAGAAACGAGAGCAUGCAGAAAAGGAGAAGGAGAGAAUAGAGCGAGAAAAGGAUGAGUUAAUCGAAAGACUGAGACAGAUUGAGGAACAGACGAUAAAAGCACAGAAAGAAUUGGAGGAGCAAACACGCAAAGCUCUAGAGCUUGAACAAGAACGAAAAAGAGCAAAGGAAGAGGCAGAGAGGCUGGAGAAAGAGAAACAGGCAGCCGAGGAGGCCAAGUCAGCACUGGCCAAACAAGCAGCUGACCAGAUGAAGAACCAGGAACAAUUGGCAGCUGAGUUGGGAGAAUUUACUGCCAAAAUCGCCCUGCUGGAGGAUGCCAAGAGGAAAAAGGAAGAGGAGGCAACAGAAUGGCAGCAUAAAGCAUUGUCCGCUCAGGAAGAUCUGGAAAAGACUAAAGAGGAGCUGAAGUCUGUGAUGUCAGCUACAGCAGGUGGUGCAUCAGAGAACGAACAUGACGAGCAUGACGAGAGCAGUGCAGAAGCCAGUGCUGAGCUCUCUAAUGAUGGAGUUGCUCACCAGCGAAGUGAGGAAGAACGGCUCACAGAGACCCAGAAGAACGAACGUGUCAAAAAACAGCUACAGGCCUUGAGCUCAGAACUGGCCCAGGCCCGUGAUGAUUCCAAGAAGACCCAAAAUGAUGUUUUGCAUGCAGAGAAUGUGAAGGCCGGCCGGGAUAAAUACAAGACCCUACGCCAGAUCCGCCAGGGCAACACCAAGCAGCGUAUUGAUGAAUUUGAGUCCAUGUGAUGGUUGUACAUCCUCUUUGAUCGCCCCACUUUCCACCCUGUAGCCCUAAUGCCUUCAUGGCUGGCUUACAAGCACAGCUUUUACCUGCCCAUACUUCUCCUAUAGACCAAUGAUCCUUGACCUUUGACCCCCUUCAGAGAGGCUUGAGGGACAUGGCUGCCCCUCCCUCAAGCUUUGCCAAAGCUCUCUCUGCCUGUGAACAGCCCAUCAGGCUGUUUCCACGUAUUGAGCUCCUCAUAGCCCUACUCCAGAAUCGUCCAGUUAGGAGCAACUGAACUCUUGAAUGAUGAUUUUGAUUUACUAAAUGCUUGGAAAUAUGUAUUUUAGAAGAGCCUGAGAUGAGUUUAAGCAGAAUUAGUUUUUAUGAAACGGCCAUUUGAUUUUUUUGUUUGUUUGUUUUUUUGGCUACAGCUAUAUGCUCACAAUGUGGAAAACAGCAUUUUUCUUCUUUCAUCCAUUUUGUUUUACUCUGUUGUAGUUAAUUGGGUUAGCAAGUCAAGGUUUGGAAGAAAAGUAUUUUUCAAGGUCAUGUGAAAGUUGUGUGCAACUUAAGAAUCGCAGUGCCACAUCUACAUACCCUGAAGAGCACAAAUAGCGCACCUCCACACCAAAACCCUGACAUCAAAUCAAAUUCAGAGCCACCGAAGUCAAGUGAAGAAUGUAGAAACAGAGGCACCUAUCGUUUGAAUGAAUGUGAACCAUAACCAAAACUAUGGAUAACCAAAGGGAGGCUAUCACUCUUGCUAGCCACGUGCAAACCGUGCAUACAUCUGUAAUUAGUAACGAAGGUCUUGUCCAGUCUAAAUCCACAGUAGUUUUAUUUCUUCAGUGCAAGAUGUUGUUUGAUUUAAGGUUCAAAAGAUGUAGCUCUGAGCCGACAGAAUGUGAUGGAGGCCCUGUGACGGAGCGCUUGUGUUGGGUCCGUUGAUCUUGACAGUAGAAUUCUCCCAAACACCCAGUGUUUCUUGUCCAGUCUCCAUACCGAUGGUUUUCCCUGCCUGCCGGCUCACAAAGGCCAGGGCUAACAGAUGGACAGACAGACAAACUGCUUGUUUUUUGUUUUGUUUUGAUUUAAUUGCAAUAUUAUGGGAAAACUGCUUGAAGAAAUGCAUUUGCGGAAUCGAUGGAAAGUUGUGCACACUUUGUCUCUCUGUUCAUCUCUGUUUUUUUCCCCUUCAUUUUGGUGUGAAUGUAUUAGUACACCUGCAUGCACAUGUGGUUGUUUUGCAAUACCUGUGGCCUUUCUGGCUGGGGAGCAUAUGAAAACAUCAGUCCUGUUCUCAGGACGAAUCGCUACCUCAUUACUGUCAAACAUGGUGACUGGUUAGUCAAACACUUGGUGUACGGCAGAGAGGCAAAUGUUGUCAUUUUCUUCUUUUUAAGUUUGUGUCACCCAGAUCAUAAUAUUGCCGUUUGUGCUUGUUGUUUUUGAGUAUCUCUUGAGAAGUUUACCGUAGGUAGAUGUACUCUCACAAUGAUGCUCUGGCUGGUUAGGGUCAUAUGAAAUUGUUUUAUUUAGCAGCACUAAGAUAGAUAAGUGGCUGAUAAUUUAUCCUCAAGAAAAACUGCAAUUUAAUACCAAAGCUAUCUUGUCAGUAUUUUAUUCUUAUUCAGCAUGUGGAGUCAUAACAACAGUUAUAACAGUGGUAUCUGGUCCUACUGCAGUGUGUUGACUGUUCCAUAAUGAAGUCUUUUAAGAAUGUUCUGCGUUUUUCCCCAUUCUUGAUGAGCCUUCUCUCAAGAUUUUACCCACCCCGAACCUUUUCAAAAUUGUUAACAGGUCUUGGACCUAUGGACUCCUCCAGGCUUUUUUCACCAUGCAAUAUUUUCUCUGCUCAGCUGGUAUGUGUGCUGUAUUGCAGUAGAAACCCAGUAAUCCUCAGUAUUCAUGGCCUGUAUGUCUUUUUUUUUUUUUUUUUGCAUGGUAAAAUAUCUUUAGCAUAUACAGAUAUGUAGGCCAAUAAAAUAGUUUCCUUUUUAUUUUUGAUUAAUAACUGGACUUUUAUUUUGCACUAAUGUGCAAAGAUGUCACUGUUCAUUUAGUGUUUUUAUGCUAACGAAGACAGCUGGGGAAAUGUUUGAACCUUACCUUCAUACCAGAAUGUUCAGGAAAGUUCAAAAGCACUUGUUUCGUCCUGCUGCUUCUUUUUUUCCGAGGCAGGUGUCCAUGAGCGGAUGUAUUUGCCAUAGCAAGAUAAAUGUUGUGCUUCCAUUUUUUUUUUUUUUUUUUUUUUUCUUCUAAAGAUUUCUGAAACAAAACCACCAGCAUUUGCAUCUACUAAAAGGGAGAGAAAAACACUAAAGGUCACGAUGUGUAUUUGUUUGCUUUUUCAUUUGAAUGUUUUUGUUUUAUGUUGUUUUUUGGGGGGGAGGUGGGUUACAGUUUAUUUUUUUCCCCUCUCUCUUUUUGUUCAUAUAGCUUUCUGUUACAUAGGAAUAACAUGUUGCCUGUGACAAAUAUUUG